UUCUCAUUUUUACUUUCUUUCUCUAAUUAUUUCCCAAUUUAAAAAAAAAAAAUCAAAAUUUGCUUCUUUGUUUCAGUCGCUCAUUGAUCUUUAAAGUUGGGUCUAUGGAGUAACAUUGAUCGAGACAUCUGCAAGCUCCUAACUUGUUUCAACUCUUUGGUCCGAUCAUGGCCGUCGCUGAGAAUGCUGGUGUGAAAGUGGACUCUUCUGGUCACAAUUUAGACAACAACAACACUGCUUCUUCAGCUACCGAGACCAAUCCCUCCUGUCCUGAUGAUCAGAGCCCUAAAUCCGAUUCCUCUCUCGACUCCUCAUCGGAUCCUCCGACUCCAGACUCCGACGAUCGGACCAAUGAGACUGUCCAAAAGGGUCAGACCGCAAAUGGUGUAAAGAGUGAGAUCAAGAACCUGUCUGAUGCGUUCUCGAAGCUCAAUCCGAUGGCGAAGGAGUUUGUUCCUCCUUCACUUGCUCGAAGUCAAUCUGGGGUUUCCAGAAAUGGGUUAGCGUUUACUAACAGUUUCGCAGCGCAGCCUCUUGUUGCUGAUGGAAAUGGUCAAUUCGCCACAAGGAGAAGGAGCUUUGGGCAAGGGAGGAGAAGAGUGAACAAAAGAACCACCUUGGCUCAGAAGGAAGAUGUAAUCAAGAGAACUGUUUAUGUCUCUGAUAUCGAUCAUCAGGUUACUGAGGAGAACCUAGCAGGUGUCUUUGUUAAUUGUGGACAGGUUGUUGAUUGUCGUGUGUGCGGUGAUCCAAACUCCGUCCUUCGUUUCGCCUUCGUUGAGUUCACCAAUGAAGAGGGAGCUAGAGCUGCUUUGAGCAUGUCAGGAACAGUGCUUGGUUUUUACCCUCUUAAGGUGCUUCCUUCCAAGACCGCUAUUGCCCCUGUUAAUCCCACUUUCCUUCCCCGGUCUGAGGGUGAGCGUGAGAUGUGCUUGAGGACUGUCUACUGUACCAACAUUGACAAGCGGAUUAGUCAAGUUGAGUUGAAAGGCUUCUUUGAAAUGAUUUGCGGAGAGGUUUUUCGUCUGAGGCUUGGAGACUAUCACAACCAUACCCGCAUUGCUUUUGUUGAGUUUGCCAUGGCGGAUAGUGCAAUUACUGCACUUCACUGCAGUGGUAUGGUCUUGGGCGCACUCCCAAUAAGGGUAAGCCCAUCAAAGACACCAGUGAGGCCGCACAUUCACCGCCCAUGAGGUGCAACUGAAAUUAUCAAGUCUAUUAUAGAGAAAGAGAGAAAGAAGCAGAAGUCUAAAGAAGAAGAAGAAGGUACUUGAGGCGUUAUGUGUUUAUAUAUAUAUAUCAAAAUGUUUUUAAGUCUUUUUAAAUUUAAGUUUGCUUCGGAGUCGCAGAGCCCUGCCUGCCUGCCCGGUAUCUUUGAACAACUUUCUUUUAACUUUCUCCUUUCUAUAGAGUCGCUCAAAAACCAAAGACUGUUUUUCCUUUUGUUAUUAUUAUUGUCGAAAUGCCCUUUUGGAUAUUUCUUUUAUGAACGGUUUAAAGACAUUUGGUGCAA